AUGUUCGAUAAUAUAUUGUUAAACCCAAUUACACCCUUAGGGAAUAUGAGUGAGCUCACCAGUUGGGAAAAUCGACCUUUCCACACAAUAUGGCCAGAGAAGAAACAACUUUCGGAUAAAGAUUCCUUGGUUACCAAGAUAGUCCGAAAGAAAAACAAACGCAUGCGCACAGCCUACACGACUGAUCAAUUACUUGUAUUAGAAGAUGCAUACAAGCGAAAAAAAUAUAUAGAUGCUGAAGGGCGCCACGAACUCGCAAAACGGCUGAAUAAAAAAAUUGUGUUACAAAAAAGUUUGCCAGAGGAAAUUCAGUACCCAGAAAGCUACAUAUUUCCACAGGAAAUUCAAAAUAACUUUGAAGGUUUAAAACAACAAUAUUGUAACAACGCAUAUAAUAGUUAUGCAUCAGGAUUCUAUUUUCAAAAUGAUGCAAAUAUUUAUCCAACUCAAUACUAUCCAACAAAUUCAACACAUUAUUACCAACCUUCAGAUCUUUAUAAUUAUGGCAAUUGUAUUGAAAAUGGUUAUGAAUGGCCGACAAGUACAUUUAACAUUAACGAAUUUCAACUAUAA